GCAUCGACACCAUAAAGCACUGACGCAGAAUUCCCUUUUCUGUUCUCUUGUACAUGUCAUAAAUAGAACAAUAACACCAUCUACCGCACUGCGCUGAAGUUCAGAGACGACCCCGCGAACAUACACGCUGGUAGUUCGCGAGAUGGCGUACAACAGCUCCUACAACCCGGAUGCGCUCCCAGCGCAUGCGGAACCAGAACAAGUGGCACAGAUGAUAGGCGCCAUGCAGGCGUCUCAUCAACAUAGACCUCGAGCAUCCUCACAUAGCGCACCGCCUGGCCACCCACCGCAACGCGUCUCUCCCGCGAUCCCUUCUCAAGGCCCUCAUCCUCCCCCGCAAGCGACACAGCAUCAUUAUCCCAGAAAACCGUCACCGGGCGCUGCAACAGGACACUAUAACUAUGGCAUUCACUCUCCACCACCACAGAACUAUGGUUACGGUCCCCCACCUCCUAGGCCUGCGCAGAAUAGGCCGCCUCAUGUUUCGCGUCCUCCUCACUCGCCCAAUCCUCCUCUAACGACGCCAAACGAGGAUCCUAAGCAGUUGUAUCCUCUAUUCCGCGCAGCGAACGUGUCUCAUUCGGGAGCUCUCACCGAGGCAGAGCUGGGUUCUGCCCUGGUCAAUGGAGACUACACGGCGUUCGAUCCAAACACGGUGAAGAUGAUGGUCAGAAUGUUCGAUAAAGAUGGCAACGGCACGAUCAGAUUCGACGAGUUUGUAUCGCUCUGGCGAUAUCUUGCCGCUUGGAGAGACAUUUUUGACCGGUUCGAUGAAGACCGUAGUGGACGCAUCAGCCUAGGGGAAUUCGAGAAGGCACUGGUCGCAUUCGGGUAUCGUCUCAGUGAAUCAUUUGUGGGCGUAUUAUUCUCUACGUUCGAAAGCAAAGGACGAAGGAGAAACGGACCAGGGCUGCUACCAGGCAAGCCUGGUCUGAGCUUCGACCUCUUCAUACAGAGCUGUAUGAGUUUGAGGCGCAUGACUGAAGUUUUCAAACGUUACGAUGACGACCGAGACGGCUACAUCACUGUGAGCUUUGAGGAGUUUUUGACCGGUAAGGACUGACCUGUGACUCUAUUCUGCUGUGCUAGGACUGACGGACUAUAUAUUAUUGCAGAGAUCCUCCAAUUGCAGGACUAGAUUUGCUGUUUUGUUUUCGAUAUUGCGUAUAACCUUGCAUCGAUUCCCAUACCCCAUUUAUUGCACGUCAGUUAUAUUUGUAAGAGCCUGUUGUGUGGCUUAAGCACGCCCCCAGCAUAUAUGCGAUACGGCUCCAGAUAGACAAUCCAGAUUUAAUAUACCCAGAAUAAGUCACUUUUGGAAAGAAGUGCAAACUAUCUAUAGAUAGAUACAAGGUUACAAUUAUGUUCACUUCUUCCCCAACCACUCCAUCACCUGUAUAGAGAGUCUUCUUGUGUCCAAAUCAAAUAAAUCUAAUACUCG